CACCUGACACCUUUGCCACAGCUGCAAGUCAACUCACAACACCUGAUGCACUGCUCAUUUCCAUGUUCUCUGUCUUUCUCCAACAGUCUCCUUCUGAGGUUCACAGAAGAUACGUUUGAUCCAGAGCAGUCAGCCACAAUAGGUGUGGACUUCAAGGUGAAAACACUCGCUAUAGAUGGGAACAAAGCAAAACUCGCCAUAUGGGACACAGCUGGACAGGAAAGGUUUCGCACCCUGACUCCCAGCUAUUACCGUGGUGCACAAGGAGUUAUACUGGUUUAUGACGUCACAAAGCGCGACACUUUUACAAAGCUUGAUAACUGGCUGAAUGAAUUAGAAACCUACACUACACGCAAUGACAUUGUGAAAAUGCUGGUCGGGAACAAAAUUGAUAUGGACGAUCAUGAAGUGGACAGAAAUGAAGGCUUGAAAUUUGCGAGGAAACACUCUAUGCUUUUUAUUGAGGCAAGUGCAAAGACCAAAGACGGAGUCCAGUGUGCCUUUGAGGAGCUCGUGGAGAAGAUCCUCCAGACUCCAGGGCUGUGGGAGAGUGAAGGCCAAGGCCAGAAGGUCCGUCUGGGGGACCAGCAGCAGGGCGACGGCAGGGCAUGUGGAGGAUACUGCUCUAUACCCUGAAACUGAGAAAAAUGAAAACAAAGCACCACCUUGAUAGGAAUGACUACGGACCAGAACCAGAGAGGAAGAGAGAAGGAGAGGUGGAGGUGGAUCAGUACUUAUUAUUAAGGUUGGAAUAGUUCUGUUGGUCAUAAGAACUUUGCUGUUUGCACACUUCCUUUUCAAACCAUCAUCUCUCCCGUCACUAUUUUCUCUUUAAAACAUGAAUGAAAGGAUCAUUUGAGAAUGAUCUUACAAGUAUAUUUCAGAUGAACUCCACCAUGCCAAGUGUACGUAUGUCACCAGUACAUGUCUGGUUAGAAUUGAUCUCAUAGGCAGCAGUGAUUCUGUUGUACAUUAAGGCAUCAAGUUAAUAGGGUAGUGCCUUUAACAUGAACUAAUUUGUCUCUCACGGUGUAUAGCCUGUCAAAUUUAAUUCAAAAUGACCUAAUAUAAUCAAUAUGGAAGUCUGAGAGAUCUCAUUUACCUCCAGGAAACUGCUCAUCCUGCUUACGCUAUGUGUUUGCAAAUGUGCACUAUAUGUCACCGCACAAUACAAAACGUUCUCAAGUCACACGCAAUAUAUUAACAAGCUUUAUUAGAAACAUAUUACAUCACUUUGACUGAAGAUGGUAGUGGAGGAAACUUCAGCCUCCAUCUCUCGUCAGGAAACUGAAUGAUUCCAAAGAUGGUAUCUCACAAUGGAUCACUGUUACAGACUCCAGUUUUUUAAUUUUACUCAAAUUAUUAUUCGUUAAAUGUAAAUUCCCUAAAUGCUGAAAUAAAGUAGAUGCUUUCAAAUCAAAUGUUUUCAACUUUAAAAUAUGCAAAACAAAUAAUCAUCUUUAUCUCGGACUUUCUGCAACCAAACCUGUCGUCGUGUUAUUUGUCUUUGCGUGGCUGAUGUAGACCGUAACCUCCAGAGCUGUGCGAGGUUAACAGUAUUUAGAGCUCUCUCAAUUCAAUCAUUUGAGCUCACUGUUAUUCUGCCUGUAGGUAUUUGGUCUCAAACUGGUUCUGUAAGUUUUUCUGCAUUCAUUUUGUGUGUUGUGGUCCAUAAAAUGUCCCACUGACUUGCUGAAGGCAUUUCUCAAACAUUGCUGUAUGAGCAUUCCUGAGAGCUUUGUUGUUUUCCUGUCCGUGGUAUAUAUUUGUUGUGUUCUUUCCUAUUUGUUUGACCUAUUUUCUCUUAAUUGACCCUUUCCCCGUCUUUUACCCCAUCACUGCAUCUGUUUGAAUCAUAAGCAGCAAUAUGUUAAACUGAUAUCUGCCUUAACGUUGAAUGAUAUUCACUACAGUUAUGGUCAUAACGUUUGUAUCGUUUCAAAAUGAAAUAAACGACAGCCCAGAGAUGCCGUCACUCAAGACUAA